AUGGCCACCACGACCACCACCAGUAGCUCUUCAAUCCAUGUGCUGCUCACGGGCGUCUUAUUACCUGCCUGCUGCCGUCCACAGGGCGACUCCAGCUCCGUCGAUUGCCUAUCCCCAUUUCCAUCAUCUCAUCUACUACACGCCCAAGUUGUAUGUAUUAACGCCGUCGCAGGACUGAGUUACGUGGUCUGGAAGUGCACGUCUCCCUCAGCUUCUGGUACUUUUCCAGACGCGUUUUCACCGCCAGGAAACGUCCAUUCGAAGUGGUUUUUGCAGCAAAACGUGACGAUCGUUGAGCGUGUAUCACCCGAGGCCAAUGUGGCAUUGGAUUGUGACUCUAAUGACUCGAAAGGGGACGUCGAGAACCCGCUGGUCAUGCUCUGGCGGUCGAGAACCAGUCAGAUGGGCCGUUUUACGGUCGCCAAGCAGCUCAUUCGAACAGGACAACGAGCGUUUCAAGCUGCAGCAUUUGCUGUCAUUGUACGAGAAGCUCAAGUCGCUCGACGGUGUCACUGGUGCUUUCUACGGCUCUGUAAGAAGGCAGUUCAGUGCGCCGACUGCGCGUUUGCACGAUAUUGUUCGCGUGACUGUUUAGCAGCAGAUGCGACGCUGCAUGACUUUCAGUGUCGAGCGCUGCGAGCUUUAAAGUGCAGAAACAAUGGUGACGGUAAAGUCGGAGAUGUGGAGACUGUGCGGUUAGCGCUUGCAGUACUAAGCAUGAACAGGUUUGUCCGGAAUCCUCACGCGUUGAAGCAGUUGGUGGUUCACUGUGCUGAAGAGAGUGCAAGUGCAAGGGCCGAAGCACGGAAUGCUGUGGAGUUUAUUGUCAAGAAUGCAGGUCGAGUUCUGGAUCGAAAACUCGUGUGGACUACGCUUGAGCGCGUCCGCUGCAACGCUCAUCCGUUGUACGUUGAUGGCGUCACUUGUGUGGGCUCAGGCGUCUUUCCCGACGCAGCUAUGGCACUGAAUCACUCAUGUCUACCUAAUGUGGUGCCCAGUUUCGACCCACGUACUCGGACACUUGCAUUCCAUGCUAUUGCUGAUAUCCCACCAGAGCACGCGGUAGAGUGUGCAUACAUUGACUUGUUGCAGACGAGAAAGAGACGUCAAGCGCUACUUUCACAAGGGUUUGGCUUCGCCUGUGUUUGUCUACGGUGCACAAGCGAGCGUGGGUUGGCGAGUACGCAUGGACAAGAUGUCGCAGACGAAAAUGAACAAGAGGGUCAGACAGAGAUGCGAGUGAUGGAGGAACUGAUGCAACUUGCACACUCUAGUCACGCUGGUGCAAUGCAACAUCUUUCUCGCUUGAAGAGAGAGUGCGCGGGUGUCUUCAAGCACAAUUGCGAAGCUCAGUUUGCACUAUACACCGCGGAACUGCAACUUGCUCGUGUUGGGUGUGAUUGGAAACGCGUAGUGGACGCAGCUGAGAUGUUGUUGACGAUCUGGACGCGAUGUGGUCUCCCGAAGAAUUACCACACGACCGAAACACUGUACAUGCAAAUAUAUUGUGCUGCAAGGCGUGCUGGGAUGAUUGACAAGGAAAAAGCGUCGGCCCUGCAAGUGACACGCAUUCGGCAAAUCUGUGGUUACGUGCACCCCGAAACGCUCGUUAGUUGA